GUGUUAACAUUCAUAAUGCGCGCCUCGCGCUUCUCUAUCGUCAGUUGUUUUCGGGGGUUUGUUUUGAUGAGGGUCCUGGGAGAGCGAAGGAAUGGCGCUUAAGAGGAAGAACUUGUAUCCGUGGCUCCAAUGAGUAAACGCCAAGAAAUUGACUCUCUGCAUUUGAUUUACCCUGCCACACCUGUAUAGACACUUGACAAAUGGUAGCAGAGCGUAGUUGCGUGGCAGGGUGAAGGCGACACUCGAAAACAAGGAAGAAAGAAGACGAGGUAAACAUGGGCGACAACGGCGGGCGAGCAUUGGUCCCAAGAUUUGGAGGGGACAAGACCUAUGACCGGUGGAAGCAGGAAUUAAGGGGAUGGCAGCUUGUCACUAAUGUUGAGAAGAAGAAACAAGCUGUGACCGUCGCCUUGGCAUUCCCAGAAGGAAGUGAGGUGAGAGGCAAGAUUUUUGAGGAAGUUAACAUUGAUGAUUUGGCGAAGGAUGAUGGAGUGGAGGUUUUGUUGAGACAUCUGGACAAAUGGUACAAAAGGAUGAGAUGUCAGCUGCGUAUGAGGCGUGGACGAGGUUCGACAGCUACAAGAAAGGAAAGGAAGGUACUAUGGAGCAGUAUAUCUUGGAGUUUGAGAAGAGGACGUGGAGGAAUUAGAGCUAGAGGAAGUAUGGGUUAUAGAAGUGAGAGAAGUGGACAGAAAAACAGUGCUGACAGGUUUGGUAAUGUUAGAAAGUGUUUCAUAUGUGGCUCAGAGUAUCAUUUGUCCCCAGCAUGUACAAGAAGUGUGUAUGUAACCAAUUAUACUGAAGAUGAGUACAAAGAGGCAGAGUCAUAUGCUGUUGUUGAGAAUUCUACAGUGAUGCCAGUGUUAAUGGCAGAGUCUGUUAGUUAUGCCAUUCUAGACACUGCCUGCAAUACUACAGUGUGUGGCAUUGACUGGUUGGAAUCAUACACACAGACUUUGUCAGAGGAAGAAAAAUCGAAGAUAGAAGAGCAAGAAAGUGGAACAGUAUUCAGGUUUGGAGAUGGAGUUGAGUACAAAUCAAUGAAAAAGGUAAAAUUUCCUGUGAACAUCAUAGGUAACAGAGCAAGUGUAACGUCUGAUGUAGUGGAUUGCUCUAUACCACUUUUGUUUAGUAAGAAGGCAAUGAAAAGAGCACAGAUGAAAAUAGACCUAGAAAAUGAUACUGCCAUCAUUCAUGGAAAAACUGUAGAUUUGAGUUGCACACCCUCAGGACAUUACUAUCUUCCAAUAAGGGACAAGAAAGAAACCUGGAAGAUAACACAGGAAAUAAUGCUAACUUUGGGUAAUGAUGAAAAGGAAAAGAGAAAGAAGAUUGAAAAACUACAUCAGCAGUUUGGUCAUCCCACAAGUAAGAGACUGAUUCAGUUAUUGAAGGAUGCAGGUGUUGAAGAUGAAAUUUGCAAUGUAUAUGCUGAAGAAGUGUCAGAUGCUUGUGAGAUAUGCAUGAAGUAUAAGAAAACACCAUCCAGGCCAGUUGUUAGUGUAAACAUGGCAAAGGAAUUCAAUGAAGUUGUGGCUAUAGACCUGAAGGAAUACAAGAAAGGAGAUAUAUAUUUCCUACAUAUGGUGGACAUGGCAACAAGGUUCUCAAAAUCGUGUGUAACAAGAAGUAAAGAGCCAAAGGAGAUUGUAGAGAAGCUUAUUGAGACAUGGUUGGGAUCUGGUUUAGGAGCCCCUAGGAAAUUUUUGUGCGACAACGGUGGAGAGUUCGCCAAUAGUACAUUCCUAGAUAUGUGUGAGAACAUGAACAUUUGCAUAAUGCAUACAGCAGCACAUUCUCCCUUCAGCAAUGGCCUGUGUGAGCGAAAUCAUGCAGUCAUAGAUGAAAUGGUCAACAAAAUAAUAGCAGAGCAACCAGACUUGUCUUUAAAGGUGGCCUUAGCAUGGGCAGUUAAUGCAAAAAACUGUCUUCAGAUGGUAGCUGGUUUCAGCCCAUAUCAACUCGUGUACGGGCGUAACCCUAAUCUACCGUGUACUUUGAGUGACGAGCUUCCGGCACUUGAAGGUACAACAACAAGUGAAGUGGUAGCUAAACAUCUCAAUGCCAGUCACUCUGCCAGGAAAGCUUUCAUUGCUGCUGAGACUUCAGAGAAGAUACGACGAGCACUAAGGCACAAAGUGAGAUCCAGUGGUAAAGUCCAUAAAAGUGGAGCCCAUGUCUACUUUAAGAGAGAUGAACAAAAGGAAUGGAAAGGCCCAGCCACAGUUAUUGGUCAAGAUGGUAAGACAGUAAUCUUGAAGUAUGGAUCCAAUAUUGUGAGAGCACAUGAAACACACGUUCAAGAGAUGCCAUACCGGUUUGAAAGAGACACUGCAGAAGGGAGGAGUGCACUACUGGGUAUGUUAAGGCAUAAAAAGGAAAAUGAAGACAAAAUCAGAAGUGACAAGAAAGAGAUUGAGGCAGUAGUAAAUCCAGUGGAAAAUAUGGAAAAGAUGUAAGUGGUAGUGAAACAGUGGAAGAGGAAAAAGUGGACCAGUCUUCAGUUGUGAACACACCCAAGGACAGUGUAAGCUUGAAAAGUGUUCCUAAGAUUGGACAGAGAGUGAAAUUCCUACCUAAGAACUCAGAUGAGUGGCAGACAGUUACUGUACACAGUCGUGCUGGAAAAGCUACUGGAAAAUAUAGUAGCUGGAGGAAUAUUGAGUAUGAAAAUGGACAUGUAUCAGCCAUUGAUUGGAAUAGUGAUGUUGAAGAAUGGACACCAGUUGUGGAAAGAGAUGAAGUGCAAGAACCCAAUGAAAUAGUGAUGGCUUGUGAAAAUGUAAAACAGACUGAACUUGAUAAAGCAAAAGAUGAUGAACUGAAGAGCUGGAAGAGAUUUGGUGUGUUUGAGGAGGUGCCAAACAAAGGUCAAAAGGCAUUAUCUACUCGAUGGGUGGUGACAGAAAAAGAAACCAAUGAAGGAAAAAAGAAAAUGAAAGCACGGCUGGUUGCCAGAGGUUUUGAAGAAAA